AUGAACGGACAUACUAACGGCCACGCCAAUGGCUCCCACACCGCCGACACGUCCAAGCCCGUGCCACUCUGGAUAGCAGGCGAGGAAGUGACCACAGACGCGACCUUUGACAUCACAAGCCCAUCGACGGGUGAGAAACUGUGGUCCGCCCACGGCGCCUCCCCCAAGCACGCCCUGCAAGCUCUCGACGCCGCCGAAAAAGCGCUCAAGACAUGGCGGCGCGCCAAACCCGCCAAGAUCCAGGAGAUCCUCCUCAAGGCCGCCGACAUCAUGGAGUCGCGCAGCGAGGAGCUCGCGGGCUACAUGAUGCAAGAGACGGGCGCGUUGGAGGGCUUCACCCAGUUCAACUUGACCACGACAGUAGCCGACCUGCGCGAUGUCGCGGGCCGAGCGGGCAAUAUCCUCGGCGCCAUCCCCAACACCAUGCACGACGGUCAGGCCGCGCUCGUGUUCAAGGAGCCGUACGGCGUCAUCUUCGGCAUCGCGCCGUGGAACGCUCCCUACAUCCUCGGCGCACGCGCGUGGGUCUACGCUCUCGCCGCGGGUAACACGGUCCUGCUCAAGGGCUCCGAGCUCUGCCCCCGGACCUUCUGGGCCUUCGGCUCCAUCAUGAAGCAAGCCGGCUUGCCCGACGGCGUGCUGAGCGUCAUCUACCAUCGUCCCGAAGACGCCGUGGCCGUGACCAACGCCGUCAUCGAGUCGCCCAUCGUGAAGAAAGUCAACUUCACCGGCUCCACGCUCGUGGGCUCCAUCAUCGCCUCCAAAGCCGGCAAAGAACUCAAGCCCGUCCUCAUGGAGCUUGGCGGGAAAGCCUCCGCGAUCGUGUGCGAGGAUGCGGAUGUGGAGAAGGCGGCGUUCCAAGUCGCGCUUGGCUCCUUCCUGCACGCCGGCCAAGUCUGCAUGGCGACCGAACGCAUCCUCGUGCACCGCUCCGUCCUCGACCAGUUCGCCGAGGCGCUCAAGGGCGCGGCGGAGAAAGUCUACGCCCCCGCCAACGACGCGCCCGUGCUCGUCUCCAAGGCGACGGUGGAGAAGAACCACAAAUUGCUGUCUGACGCCGAGUCCAAGGGUGCCAAGGUGCUGUACGGUGAUGUGGCGGCGAAGGAGUCCUCCGCCUACCGCAUCCGUCCCGUCAUCGUGAGUGGGGUGAAGAAGGAGAUGGAUAUCUUCUACACCGAGUCCUUCGGCCCGACGGUCUCGAUCAUCGCCAUCGAGUCGGAUGAGGAGGCGAUUGCGAUUGCGAAUGAUACCGAGUACGGGCUUAGUGGGGCUAUCUUCACCGAGAGUCUGGGGAGAGGGUUGAAGAUUGCGAGGGAGAUUGAUACGGGCGCUGUGCAUAUCAACUCGAUGAGCAUUCACGACGAACCUCUCCUCCCUCACGGUGGCGUCAAGAAGUCAGGAUGGGGCCGUUUCAACGCACAAUGGGGCAUCGAGGAGUUCUUGAAGCUCAAGACGGUCACGUAUAUGGAGUAA